CGCCCUUAAGGUUAUAGCACACAGGGCAUACAUGAGUACAACUGCCACACAUACAGAAAGCUGCAGCGUGCACGGAUAGUACAUAGCCGGGAAUUACUGCACAGAUUACUACAGGUAUAGCACAGAUUAUAACAUAAGUAAAAUAAGACUAAAGAAAUGCCUGAAUUUAGUCAAGACACACUUGGUAAUGUGGCCAAUGUUCGCUUUUCAAAAACUGUGACUUCUGUUCUCUUGGACACUAAAGAGCAAACAUGGGAGAUGGUUCAAGUGAAACAGGAGUCUGAGUUACCCAGUCCUCAGAAAUAUCGUGUCCUCUUCAUGGAUUCAGCUGAGCAAAAGUAUACUGAAAUCCCCCCUCGUGUUCUACAUCUGGAAGACCUUGAAGAACUGCACUUAGAGAAGAACCAGAUUAAAACCCUUCCAAAAGAAAUCUGCCAUCUUCAUAACAUUAAAGUUCUGUACUUAAAUGACAAUAAUAUUACUCACAUUUGUGACGAGCUCGGAGAGUUGAAGAAUCUCUGCAGUUUGGACCUCAGUAGCAAUCCGCUCACAUGCAACUCUCUGGAUGCCAUAAGCAAAGUACAUCAGCUUCGCAAGCUUAGACUUUAUAAUGUAAACAUGGAAGUAUUCCCAGUUCAGAUAUGCAAAACCCUCCAUCAUUUGCAUCUAUUGGGUCUGUCCCACAACAACCUAAAGUCGCUCCCUUCAGAAAUAGUUAAUUUAAUACACCUGAAAGAAAUUUAUCUGCAGGAUAAUAAAUUUGAGUUAUUCCCAACACAGAUAUGUGCACUGCAGUCUCUAGAAGUUGUUGAUUUUGAAAAAAAUAAGUUGACCUCUCUACCUGUUGAAAUUGGAUCUUUAGCCAGUCUUGUUAAAUUGUUUGUAAAUUACAAUAAGUUGUCAUUCAUUCCAAAUAAAAACUUUCAGUGCACAAAGUUAGCUGUUCUGGAUGUCUCUGGUAAUCGCCUCCACAAGCUUCCUCAUGCUCUUAAUGAGUUGAAAGAACUUAGUGAACUUGGACUGUCAAAUAAUGAGUUGAGAACAUUCCCAUCUAGAGUGUGCGCGUUGCAAUCUCUCAGUGUUCUCUAUCUGAAAAACACUGGCCUGUCCAUCUUACCUGCGGCCUUUGCUAAACUGGAACUUAUCAAGAUAUUAGAUCUUAGCCAAAAUUAUUUCACUGCAUUUCCUGAUGUGAUUUGUGAACUCAAGCAACUGCAAGUACUGUCAUUGGAUGAUAAUUUAAUUAACACGAUUACGCCAGAGGUGAAGUCGUUAAACAAACUUACUUACUUGGGGAUUACUGGGAACAGAUUUGCUGCUUUCCCAAAAGAAGUUUUCCUGUUGGAGUCCUUGGAAAAGCUGUAUAUUGGGCAGGAUCAGGGGAUGCGACUCGCAACAUUACCAGAUGACAUUUGCAUCCUCAAGAAUCUGAAAGAGUUGUACAUUGAAAACAAUAAUCUUGAAUGUCUUCCAACCACAUUGAGCCUGAUGCAAAAUCUUGUAGUCCUGGAUUUGCACAAUAACCUGCUAAAGAACCUGCCAGAUUCCAUCUGCCAAAUCCAAGGUCUGCAACAAUUGCUUCUUCAGAACAAUCAGUUGUCCAAUCUACCAGGCAAUCUGGACAUGUUACACAAGCUGGACCUGCUCUUACUAGAAGGGAAUCCAAUGCAAGAUCCGGGGUCAGAGGUGUGCAGCCUAGGGAAAUCUGUUGUUUGGGAAUACUUAAAAGAAAAAAGACACAGAAAUCUGAUGGCUACAAAGAUCCAGGCAUUGUGGCGUGGGCUGAUGGUACGGAAAGGGCUCGGGCCCUUUGCUUCUCUACUUCAGAUUGGGAAAAAAGGAAGUAAAACAAAAAAAGAUAAGAAAGCAAAGAAUAAAGGCAAGAAGUGUGGUGUAAAAGGAAAGAAGAAAUAGUGGAAAACUCAUCUGAUUAAAAAUAAGAGAUCAUUGCACAAGUUCAAUGAAUGAAAUGAGGAAAUCCUCCAUGAUUACCACUGUCUCCAGAAGGAGCAGCUCAGUGUAUACAUUAUCACAAAUAAACACAUUUCACUCAGUUGCAAUUUGAAA